AAAAAGAUGGCAAAGCCUUUCAUCCAACAUACGAAGAAAAACUCAAACUUGUGGCACUGCACAAGCAGGUUCUUCUGGGACCUUACAACCCUGACACUUGCCCUGAAGUUGGAUUCUUUGAUGUGCUGGGGAAUGACAGAAGGAAGGAAUGGGCUGCCCUUGGAAACAUGUCAAAGCAAAAAGCAAUGACAGAAUUUGUGAAGCUACUGAAUAGGUGCUGCCACUUGUUUUCAACAUAUGUCACUUCCCACAAGAUAGAGAAAGAAGAACAAGAAAAGAAAAGGAGAUAAGAUGAAGAGCGGCGGCGGCGUGAAGAGGAGGAACGUGAGCGUUUGCAAAAGGAAGAAGAAAAACGUAGGCGAGAAGAGGAGGAAAGACUGAGGAGGGAAGAAGAAGAGAGAAGGAGAAUAGAGGAGGAACGACUUCGGAUGGAACAACAGAAGCAACAGAUAAUGGCAGCACUCAACUCCCAGACUGCCAUGCAGUUCCAGCAGUAUGCAGCCCAGCAGUAUCCGGGCAACUACGAACAGCAGCAGAUCCUAAUUCGGCAGCUCCAGGAGCAGCAUUAUCAACAGUACAUGCAGCAGUUGUAUCAAGUCCAGCUUGCACAGCAACAGGCAGCCUUACAAAAACAGCAGGAAGCAGUUGUGGCAGCAGCAGGGACACCUCUGACUACUGCAUCGAAGGUGAAUACACCUACCCCAGGGGACACCCCGUCUAUUAAUGGGCAGGCCAGUGCACAUGCAGACAGCCCUGACAAAGAACUGGAUCCAGAGGCUUUGGAAGAAGCACUGGAGAAUGGACCAAAAGAUUCUGUUCCUGUGAUAGCUGCCCCGUCGAUGUGGACACGACCCCAGAUAAAAGACUUCAAGGAAAAAAUCCGGCAGGAUGCAGACUCUGUGAUCACAGUGGGCCGAGGAGAAGUGGUCACGGUCAGAGUACCAACUCACGAAGAGGGGUCUUACCUCUUCUGGGAGUUUGCUACAGACAAUUAUGACAUUGGGUUUGGGGUGUAUUUUGAAUGGACAGACUCGCCUAACACUGCAGUCAGUGUGCAUGUCAGCGAAUCCAGUGAGGAUGAGGAUGAAGAAGAAGAAAAUACUAGUGGUGAAGAAAAAGCCAAAAAGAAUGCCAACAAGCCUCAGCUAGAUGAAAUAGUGCCUGUGUACAGACGAGACUGUCACGAAGAAGUGUAUGCUGGCAGCCACCAGUACCCAGGGAGAGGAGUUUAUCUUCUUAAAUUUGACAACUCCUACUCCCUAUGGAGGUCAAAAACAGUUUACUACAGAGUUUAUUAUACUAGAUAAAGGUGUGGCUGUGUCUGAGGCUGGGCUGUGCAGAAGAUGUCAUUUUAUUUGGAAUUUUCUUCAAGCAUAAUGGAUCAUUUUGAGUCUGUGUUUUAUCUUGUCUUUAUCUGUAUGGUUUGUGUGAACUUUAACAAGUAGACACUGGGAUCUUCCUGCUCCAUGACACUAAUGCAUAUUGCAUUGGGCUUAACACAGGAUCUCCCUAGCCCUUCUGGGUAUUGGAGUUAACCAGUGGAAGUCAUUGGCUCCAGUGCUAAGGUCGCAUCAGUUGCAUUUGUUAAAGCCUCGUGAAAAAGGGGGAGGGAAUUGCUGGCUCACUGGCUGGGUGAUCUGACGUUUCCAGGUCUGGAUGCUUUGAAUAACUUGUUAACGGUUAAUUUAAAGGUCCCAUCAAUAACUGGUAGAUUUGGAUGCAGUUUGCUGUGUAGCAAGUUUCUCUUAACUGUAAUUGAAUGUCAGAUUUUUACACCAUUAAAACUUGAAACUUUAAGUU